GUCCACAGAGCCAUCCAGCGGACGAACUCGGCCAUGUUCAACCAGGUUCUGAUCCUGAUCUGCACGCUGCUCUGCCUGGUGUUCACCGGCACAUGUGGGAUCCAGCACCUGGAGCGGGCGGGGAAAAAUCUGUCACUCUUCAACUCCUUCUACUUCUGCAUCGUCACCUUCUCCACGGUGGGCUUCGGAGACGUCACCCCCCGCAUCUGGCCUUCCCAGCUGCUGGUGGUCAUCAUGAUCUGCGUGGCUCUGGUGGUGCUGCCUCUGCAGUUUGAGGAGCUGAUGUAUCUGUGGAUGGAGAGACAGAAGUCCGGAGGGAACUACAGCCGGCACCGCGCGCAGACGGAGAAACACGUGGUGCUGUGUGUCAGCGCACUGAAGAUAGACCUGCUGAUGGACUUUCUUAAUGAGUUCUACGCACACCCCAGACUGCAGGACUACUACGUGGUGAUCCUGUGCCCCAGUGAGAUGGACCUGCAGGUGCGCAGAGUGCUGCAGAUCCCUCUGUGGUCUCAGAGGGUCAUCUACCUGCAGGGCUCUGUCCUCAAAGACCAGGACCUGCUCAGAGCCAAGUGAGU